AUGCAUUGUGAUGACUGUGCAGAGACCAAGCGAUCAGUUCCUGCAGCCCGAGCGAGCUUUAAUCGUUCGGACACUCAGUGGCACACCUUGCAAGUUGACAAUGCGUACUUCAAGGUAGGCACCAAGACGGUGACCGCCAUGAUCAUGGUUGACGAGGCUUCUACUUUCAUGGUACCCCAUCUCCUACAUCGGCUUGACGAAGGAGAACAUGAGAAUGCCACUGCUGAACAGGUGGUAGAUGCCUUGCAGAACUCCUGGAUUCGAUUCUUUGGACAUCCUUCGGUUCUUCGACUUGAUCCCGAAGGAGCCUUUCGCUCGCGGUUGCUAGAAGACUUCUGUGGCACCCGUGACAUCGAGCUUCAGCCUUGUGCAGCUGAAGCCCAUUAUCAGAUCGGUGUUGUGGAGCGUGCCAUUGGGACACUAAGGAAAUCGGUGGAGCGCUUCCUUCGCAGCAACGCAGUUGAUCCCUGGGAGGCCAUUGUGACCAUGUGUGCUGCUCAUAAUGAAGUUGGAAAGAUUGCAGGUUUUUCCCCAGCUCAAUGGGCACUGGGACGUUCCUUGGGCAUCGAUGAGAAGAUCCAUGAGAGCGGAAGAGAAGCUACGAGUUUCCAUGAGUCUCAACGAGCUUCGCAAGACAGAGUGCAAAAGACCAUGGUCCUUCGUCUCAAGGCUGAGCAAGAGUACAAGAAGAACAUGGCUCAAGAGGCCAUCAAUCGAGCCUGGAACUCCAAGGCUCAAAAGCGUGAGAUUUGGACUCCUGGCACACUCGUUUACUACAAGCGGUAUAAGGCACCUUCCACGUCUUUGGCUUCACACAAGGAUGUUGAUGUGACAAGACGACAAAUAGCUCGCUGGUAUGGCCCAGGUCGUGUGGUCGCUACUGAGAGCUUCUUGGAUGGCGACUCAGCGAGGCCUGGUCACAUUGUCUGGAUUACUGCUGGUGGUCGCUUGAAGCGUGUUGCUCCUGAACAAUUGCGCCUGGCUAGCGAGACAGAGAAGAUUCUGGCUGAGGCUGACGGUCCACCUCGCUUUGACUGGACCAUUCAAGGUAUGCUGCAAGAAGUUGAUCGUGGACAAUUUGAUGUUUACGAUGAUCUGUUGCAACCGAGCCCUGCGACUCCGGCCCGGCGAUCUCGAAGCGCAGCGCCACCAGUGAGAGAUUUUUCGCCCGGCCGCUAUCUCAGCGACCCUUCCUGCGAAUUUCCAACUAGCCAUGGAGCUGCUGGCAAGAGCUGGACUGGCGAGCUCAAACGCAAUGAGCUUUUCAAAAAGGCCCAAGAACGGCACGGUGAAGCGAAGAUGGUUGAGGAAACCUCAUUUGCUUGCGAGUCUCUUCAACCGGAAGAUGAUCAAGGUGAACCUCCUUUGUUUGUUGCCAUGUCUCUGGAACUGCCCACAGAUGAAAGGAGCAUGAAGCAGUUCAAGCGAGACCCAGUGACUUGGACAGCGAACAAGCUGAAGAAACAUGUUGAAGUGAAGAUGGAGCAUCUUACUCCAGAACAAGUUGAAGACAUGAAGAAGGCCAAGUCUUUGGAAGGUGGUCAAUGGAUCCAAGCGGCUGCCUGCAAAGCUCUUGAGGAGCACCAGAUC